AUGAUGUGGUGUAUCUCAAUUUGGCUUGCCGUGUGCCUGCUGUCCCGAGCGAGCCUCGGCGACUAUAAGCCUCGUACAACAAUAAGCCCAGUACGGGUCGAGAAGGCCAAUUCAAUUGAGACUACGAUUGUCGAAAAGGAUCAAUUUAUAGAUGCCCUAGUGACAAACAUGACUGUUCCAGAUCUCGUCAUGCAACUGCACCUCAUGUUUGCUGGCGACAUUGUGGGAAUGGACGGCGACAAUACACUUUAUGAGGCUUGGGGAGAGGACAAAGUCCUCACUUCGCACAUGGGAGUAGCGUAUGCCUCAGGACUCUCAAAGAACAGCUCCUGGUCUGCACCAGACGCAGUCGUCCCUGUCAUGAAACAUUUUGCGGCUCACGGUGCACCCCAGUCAGGACGAAAUGCUGCUCCAUUUAUGGGGCAUGGCAACCGCCAGAUACUUCAGGACCUCUUGACGCCGUUUAAGGCUGCAGUGCAGCUGGGUGGAGUGCGAGGAGUUAUGAUGGCUUACAAUGAGCUUGAUGACAUUCCUGCCUCAGUGCAGCCAAUGCUAUAUGACGCUCUAGAAGAAUGGGGCUAUGAUGGAUUUAUCAUGGCAGACGAUACAGCCGACUCACCUGCAGAUGCUAUAAAGCAAUGGUUCAACGCUGGUGGCAUGCUUCAAUUCUAUGACUAUCCUCUCGAGGUAUUCCUGAAUUCAACCAUCGACCUAGUUUCAAAUGGAUCUGUGGAACUGACAACACUUCAAUCUCAUGUCAAGAAGAUGCUUGGUGUCAAAUGGGAUUUAGGCUUGUUCCAAGACCCUUAUAUUCAUGAGAGCGUUGACCCUAAAGAAAUCGCUGAAGGCCAUAAUGACCUUACUCUCGAAGCAGCACAAAAGAGCAUCGUCCUUCUUGAGAACAAGAACUCGACACUACCGCUCCAGCCAUCCGAGCAGAAUAUCAGUAGAGUUGCACUCAUUGGUCCAUUCACAGAUACCCUCAAUUAUGGAGAUUACUCUGGCUCUUGGGGCCAAUACCCUGCGGAUGCUGCCAAGACCCUCCGUCAGGGGUUGUUUGGGUAUACUAAGAACACUGAUGUUGAAGUCGUCUCCAGCUGGGGUGCCAAUACUUGGGAGUACAACUCACAGUAUGUUAUCCCGUCUUAUCUUCUAUCGACGCCCAACGGAACAAUCGGGGGUCUUGAGGCCACUUACUUUGCAAAUCCGAACUUCACUUUGCCCAUUGUGCAAGUUGUCGAAACGCCAGCUCUGGACUGGGGCAUGUAUCCACCUCCAGGGCUUCCAUCAAACAACUUCAGUGCAAUCUGGGAAGGACAACUUGAGUCGCCAGUAGAUACCAAGAUUGAUGUGGAUGGGUGGAUAGGACUUGCCGUCAGUCCAAACACCACGGCAAAGCUAUUCAUCGACGACGAGCUCAUUGUGGCGCAUGGAUUUCCCGAUUCUGGAACUGUUCUUGGCAAUAUCAUGCAGUAUUCAUAUAUUAAAGCCAAUAGUACGCUUGCACCCGCGGGCUCUAUGCCUUUCACCUUCACAAAAGGGGCAAAGUAUAAGAUCCGGAUCGAGUAUCAGGCUUUCACUCUAUACAAGCGCAUUGAGAAUGUAGUUGCACUCAACUCACAGCUGAUACUCUUCUGGAACCUCGUCAGCCGUCAAGGAGAUGCCGUGGCGCAGGCCGUCCGAAUCGCGAACUCUUCGGACGUUAUCGUUCUUGCAGUUGGCGCAGCGUGGAACAGCGACGCGGAAAGCGGUGAUCGUGCAACCCUGGGGUUGCCCCCGAGCCAGGAUAUUCUAGCUCAGGAGAUUUACAAGCUGGGCAAACCAGUCGUGCUUGUUCUCCAAGGAGGCCGUCCCUUUGGCAUCGACUACUAUAAUCAGAGUGCUGCAGCGCUGAGCGCGUUCUUUCCUGGCCAGUCAGGCGGUCAGGCUAUCGCCGAUGUUCUAUUCGGAAAAGUCAAUCCUGGAGGCCGCAUGCCGGUCACCAUUCCUCGACAUGUUGGCCAGAUCCCGGUAUACUAUAAUUACAAGUCUUUUGCUCAUAAGAAGGACUAUCUUGAUACCGACUCGUCACCCGCGUAUUGGUUUGGCUGGGGUUUGUCAUACACCACCUUUGACGUCAGUGGAUUUUCUGCCACAAUUUCCGGCCGAGUCCAGUCAGACUUCACUUCCGGAGAUAUCAUCACAUUCGCUGCCAACGUGAAGAACAAUGGCACUAUCGAUGGGAGCUACGUCGCCCAAGUGUAUCUACUCGGGCGGGUCUCGUCCAUUGUACAGCCGGUCAAGCAGCUCGUGGCUUUCCAGCGGGUCUAUGUUGAUGCUGGAAAAGAGGCCAAAGUUUUGAUGGAGCUCGAUGUUGAUAGAUAUCUUACCAUCUUGAACAGAAAGAAUGAGUGGGAGCUGGAGAAAGGAACAUACACAUUCGCAUUACUCACCCAUGGCGGUGAUACCGCUGAUACGAGCAUGAACAUCCCAUUGCGUUGCGUGUAG